AUUGUGGUAGACUCCAGUCAUUUUCUAUUUCCGGUAGCGCUUACAACACAUUGUUGCAAGUUCUGUACAUAGCAUUUUCAUGUCAUUUUUUGACAUACAGCAUUUCUUAUGAUGGCUGGAAGUAGUAGUAGCAGAGGUUCCUUGGUCCAUCAACCCCCAGGGUACUUUAGGGAUGUGUUCUCCAUUCUGAUGCAGCAACGAUUGGAGGAACAGUUCUGCGAUGCCCAAGUCAUUGUCAAUGGACAGCAGUUUCAAGCACACAAGGCAAUCCUGGCCGCUAACAGCAACUUCUUCAACCAAUACUUUACCAUCAACAAGGACUCCAGUAGGGUUGAGCUUCAUGACAUCAGUGUGGAGAGUUUUGUGAGCAUAAUUGAGUUCAUGUAUUCAGGUAGACUCUUGUUACAGGAGAGCAAUGUAACCGAUGUGCUACAAACAGCCAGCUUGCUACAGAUGCACAACAUCGUGACAGUUUGUUGUAAUUUUGUCAAAGAAAAGCUACAAGCCAAUAGACUGGAGCAGACUGCAUCAGCUAGCACCCAAGUACAAAGAACAGAUGGUCAAAGCUCUGUUAGCAUUGAACCUCUGCAACUCUCACAGAUAAACCAACCUAGAGGAACAGCUGAUCUGAGGAUGACUGUGAACGUGGAGGCUGGUCCAGCUAGCCUGGUGGGAGCCUUACGUAGAAAGUGUACUGUGGUUCCUAGAAGGGCAAUCUCCCCGAGCAUGGGCCCUGAUUACAGCAUGGAUAGAGAGAGUGGGAUGAACACCAGCAGUGAUGGAGGCCAUUCUCAAGAUGACGUACAGACAGACGGCAUGGAUGUGGUCAUCAAGUCCGAGGACACAUCAGGGGACCAUGUCCCUGAAGCUGGUACUCUGUCAUCAUCACAAGAGAACGCUGUGUUGCUAAGCCAAGCCUCAGGCGGAAGCGAGAAAGAGUUUCCGGCACCACUGAAUCAGGGUGCAAACCCUCUGGUCAUGUCCGAACAGACGAUGGACAUGGGACAUCACCUGGAGACUUCACCCAGCAGUGCAUCGUGGGAAAGCCCACUCCAUUCAGACUCCAGCUCAGAAGUCCAUCCCGUGGCCGUUACCAUGCCAACCUGCAGGCAGGGGAGCUCCAACACUAGUCAGGCCUGGUCAGCAGGGCCAGGUGCUUGCAGAUUGCCACAACCAGGGAACUUGGACACUAGCGCAAUGCCAAGCUCAGAUGUGCAGUGUCCGUUCUGCUACGAUAAGUUCUCUGGAGUUUUUGAACUAUGGCGCCAUGUGAAGAGUCACCGCGGCGACAACCCGCCACACCUCUGUAAGAUCUGCGGCAUGACGUCCCCCAGCCAGAAGGACCUGGACAUCCACAUCCAGUACAACCACCCGGGGCAGAAGAUGUACCAGUGCUGCUUCUGUUCCACCAAGUUCUGCCACAAGAGGAACAUCAUGCAGCACCUGCGCAUGCACAUGCAGCAGAAGGAGUUUGCCUGUAGUGUCUGUAAUGCACGCUUCUUCUACGAGAACCAUCUGGUCAACCACAUGAGGACACACACCGGUGAGAAGCCAUUCCAGUGUCCGGAGUGUGGUGCACGCUUUGCCCUGAAGGGAAACCUGAAGGCUCACUUGCGUAUCCACACGGGUGAGCGGCCGUUUGGGUGUGAGGUGUGCGGCCACAGGUUCACCCGCAUGUUCACCCUGAAGAAACACAUGCAGCGCCACACCAGGUUCUUCAACAUGGAGAAUGGCAUGCCCACAACAAGCAAUCCUAAAUAGGACCAUUGAUGUAGCAUGCCGUGUGUGUGAUUAUGGAGUUUAAGACCAUGUGUUCGAAUUCCGCCACACUAGGCUCUUCUACUUGAAGGCAACAUACCAGCCAGUCAACAUCGUCCUAUCAACCCCCAUCCCCACAGAUGAAAUGGAUAAGAUAUAAUGCUUUUCUAACAGAUAAUACAAUCUAUUACAACAAGAGCUUACAUUUGUGUUUAUGUAAAAAAAUUAUAUGAAGAAAUUAUAGGUAUGCAUCCUCUACUUAGAUGAAGCAUGGUGCUAUUUAAGUAGUUUGUGGUAGCUGCAAUGUGUUCAUGGACAAACUUAACUUACAUAUCUAGGGAGGAAAAGGAAUACUAAGAAAUCAAAGCAUGUCACUUUUUCAUUUCUUAAGAACAGCACAUUUAUUUCUUCAUUGUCAAUGUUAGUAGAUCGAGCAUACUAGCAUCAAAUGAUAAUAUUUAGUACUUAAACUUGUCAUGAUAUAUUGUACAUUGCAGAAAUCUACACUAUUAGUAUUAGUCACAACAUAUUUUUGCAUACUACAUCAGCUUUAUUACAACAUAUGAAUCAUAAGUCUCAAAAAUAAAAACAGAUGGGUAUGAAUCUCUUCAGACCCAGACAAUAUCGCACAUAUUAUGUAUCAACAGCAAAUAUAUCAAUAAAUAGCAUCCA